AUGGCGAUUCGUGGUUUUCCUUGGUUCCCCAUCUGUCUUAUUAUCCUACGCCGCACUGAUUACGUCGCUCUCUCUUGAAUUAAAAAUCUACUACUAUCACUAUCUACUACUAAUACUAACUUCUCCUUCCCCUUCUUCUUUUAUUGUACUUUUUAUCCAAAACCCUUUCAUCCCCCCGGCCCCGAUUCGCCGGUCCCUGGAACUCUCUUCGCCCGCUCCCCCCUUGAACCUUUCGGCACAACGGAUCCCGCCCAUUCCGUCUGGUUAGCAGCGCGAACACCUUCGCCUUAUCUGCGCCAUCGUGCAACCGCGGAUAAGAGCAUGCGCUUUCCCGAGUCAUUGAGUUGAAAGUGAGAAACCCUCGUCUUUUGUCCCGCCAUGUGGUCUUCACCCCCCCGACUUCUUCUUGGCCUCUAUGGGCUGUUGUCGGCCGUGGGAUCGGCUCGCGCCGAUGUCGAUUUCAUGAGUGUGAGGCCCAGUAUGGUCAAGGAUUAUACAGGCUCAGGAGGUGAGCCGGGAGAGAAAUAUUUCAAGGAAUCUAGCUUUCAUUACCACUAUGAUGGACGCUUCGCAUCUGAACCUCUUUCUGAGGACAAGACUGUCCCACAUCUGUCGGAACUCAUCCGGACCUAUCUCUCGACAAUGGGGGACCUUGGGGCCGAAACAUGGAUAAUGCACGGCACUCUGUUGGCAUGGUGGUGGAACCAGAAGAUCUUCCCAUGGGACAAUGAUCUCGACGUUCAGAUCUCCGAGCCAACCAUCCAUUUCCUAGCCGAUUAUUACAAUAUGACCGAACACCACUUUGAUAUCCCCGGAGUGGAAGGCGGCCGAACCUAUCUACUGGAAAUCAACCCGAACUAUGUCGUCCGGUCGACCGAUGACAAGUUGAACGUGAUUGAUGGCCGCUGGAUCGACACUUCUUCCGGACUUUUCAUUGAUAUCACGGCGGUACGCAAAGACGACGAGCGGAGGAAACAUGGCGACCCUGGCUCUUUGAUGUGCAAAGAUGGCCACCGCUUCGAUGAAACCGAAAUCUUCCCGCUGCGCAACAGCUAUUUCGAAGAUGUCCCGGUCAAGAUCCCGUUCGAAUAUGUUCGUUUGCUCAAAAAGGAGUACGGCUCCAAGUCGAUGACUUCUUCUGUGUUCCAAGGUUAUCACUUCAACCAAGUCACUCAAGUGUGGGAUAGACUCAGGAAGAAGAGGUUCUGGCGGCGACAGGAGGCUGACCAUCCGGUUCGGACCACGCCCCUCGGGCCCCUAUUCCGAUGAUCGUGCGACUGUACGAUAUUGGAUUUCGGAGCUCUUGAUGUUCUCCUAUUACAUCAGAGCUUGUGUAUGACAGUAACGAUAUAGCUGGCCCAGCACCUAGAUAGUGACUUUCGACUUCAUUUGCAUAUACGGCGUUUGCCUUGGGUGCGCUACAUCCCGCAUCUUGGCUAUAUUUGGCGUUUGGUUCAUUCCAGUAUAUACUCUGGAUCUUGUUUGAUUCUUGUGACUUGCACGGAUAUAUUGAAGAUUUAUGCUGGCAGCUACUGAUGCAUAGGCUGCUUAGCAACCAAGCCCACCGAGGGCUUUGUGAACAUAUAUAAUACGAUUUAUCUGACUGUAUGAUGCAUAGUAUUGAGAUUGC